GAUCUCGCUUACCCCAAAGAUCCAUACAGGCAAUAUCAAACUCUCGCCUCUUCAGAGAGAACAAAAAGGACCAAAGCUGCGAGCCAAGUGAGGGCAACCUCCCAAAAAAAAAAAAAGAAAAAAAACAGACCCCAGCACCGGACAAGUGAGCAAGGGUCAAAUUCUGUGAAGGGAAUUCAGGCAGAGAGAGAGGAGAAAGAAAUCAGCAGAGCAGCAGCUGGUCCCGAGCUUGAAAGCAGGAGAGGGGAAGAAGGGAACUGGACGGCAAAGAGGAGCAGAGAAAAGUGACUGGAAUGAUAAGAUGAGAAGCAGGCAUGUGCCGCUGAAGCUCUCCCCUAAUGAGGCCCUUCUGGAACUCCUGCUCGUGUUGUUGCUAGGGUUGCACGUCCUAGCCGUGUGCCCCUCCAUGUGCUCCUGCAGCCGCAGCCACAGGGAGGUCGACUGCUCCUGGAGGGGGCUGAGACAGCUGCCCGAUGGCCUGCAGCACAACAUGCGCUCCCUCAAUUUGUCCCAUAACCGAUUCCAUAACCUGGACGGCCAGCUUACCUCAUACACCCACCUCCGCUUCCUUGAUUUGUCCCACAACCGGCUGAGCCACCUGCCCACUGGCUUGCCUCGUUCCCUCUGGCAGCUCUCCGCGGCCUCCAACCGCCUCCAGCUGCUGGAUAAGAACGACACCAUCCACCAGUGGAAUCUGCGACUGCUUGACCUCUCCGACAACAAGCUGGAGCGGGCUAUCUUUAUCAACAAUACGCUGAUCAAUCUGUGCACUCUCAACCUGAGCCACAAUCACUUCUGGACUUUGCCUACCAACCUGCCAGUCAACCUGGAGCAUAUAGACCUGUCCCACAAUUUGCUUGUGAAGGUGCUUUCAGGAUCUCUGGACCGGCUCCUUCGACUUACACACCUCUAUCUGCAUGCAAAUCGCUUCUCCACACUGCCCUUUGGAGUUUUUGACAAGAUGACAUCUCUUAAAGUCAUCACUCUUGGGGACAACCCUUGGGACUGUCACCUUUAUGACGACGUCGCCUACUUACUCUCCUGGAGUCAGAAUACACCUGCACGUGUCCUUGGUUGCCCCUGCCACACCCAGCCUGUCUGUGGAGGGGUGCGCCCCAGCAGGACUGGAGGGUGGCAUUUUGCCUCCUACAACCUGCCCCCUUUGGCAGCGAGCGCCCAGGACUUGAGCUCCAUGCCUCCUGAGGCCAGUGUCACUGGGUGGUGGUACUUGUCUGUUUCUGCUCUGCAAAGCACCCCAAAAGAGACCUUCAACACAGAGCAUCAGUUCUUCACCACCACAUCCAUCAGCAUCUCCACCCCGCAACAGAGAAGCAAAGGCACACACCUCUCUGAGACUGGUAGUCCAGAUGCUACAGAGCAUAUGCUUCACACUGAUCUCCAUCUCAUCUCCAGCACAAAGGAAGACUCAGUCCGCACCACCGACACCUCCUCUUUUUCUGAAACGAGCUUCAUUACCGAAACACCCAUCAGGGCUGACAUGACGCUGGCCACAGAUAGGUUCUUUACAACAGAGAGCCCCUUCGUCCAAACAAAGAAAACAACCACUCUUCGCACCAGGAGUGUGAGGAGGAAGAAUCAGUCCCUUCCUGGUGGUAUAGGCAACAGCAGUCCAACUCUUGCUCCCUCCACUUUGUUCCCUUUCCUACACAAUCUGGGACUUCUGUCUCUUUUUCUGCAACAAGUCCUAUGA